AUGAAGCUAAGUUUCACGGCUGCGUUCGCUGCGCUGCUGAUGCAGCCAGUUCACGGCCAUGCCACCUUCCAACAGCUCUGGGUCAACGGAGUUGACAAGAUAAGCAGUGUCACUAGCAAUGACAUUCGUUGCAAUGCCGGUACGAGUCCCGUUUCUGGAAAAUGCAGCGUCGCCGCGGGCCAAACUGUUACGUUAGAGAUGCACCAGCAACCGAAUGAUCGCAACUGUGCCAACGAGGGCAUCGGUGGCAACCACUGGGGACCAGUCAUGGCCUAUCUAUCGCAGGUCAGCAACUCAGCCACAGCCGACGGCUCGUCAGGGUGGUUCAAGAUCUUCCAAGACGGUUGGAAGAAGAAUCCAUCUGGAUAUAACGGAGAUGACGAUUACUGGGGUGUCAAAGAUCUGAACCUGUGCUGUGGCAAGAUCAAUGUCAAGAUCCCCUCCAACAUUCCUUCGGGAGACUACCUUUUGCGGGCUGAGGUCAUAGCCUUGCAUACUGCUGCUGGGUCGGGCGGCGCACAACCCUACGUUACCUGCUUUCAACUCACCGUCACUGGCGGAAGCGGCUCAGUUCCAGCAACGGUCAACUUCCCAGGCGCCUAUUCCGCUUCAGACCCCGGUAUCUUGGUCAACAUACACGCCCCGAUGACAAAUUACGUGGUGCCUGGGCCAGCUGUAUUUUCAGGGGGUACCACGAAAGAGCCUGGAUCCUCUUGCUCCGGGUGCGAGUCGACCUGCAGCACCAGUCUCAAGCGCAGCGUACAGUGGUAA